AUUGAAUUGCAUCAACAGGCGUUGAUUCGUUGAAAUUAAUUUAAUUUUUUUUUGAAGCAAUGCAUUUGAGCACAUAGGUUAGAGUAGUGUAAAGUGUAUGAUAUUUUAUUUGAUGUGUUUAAUGUAAUUUAACGUGUAGUGUGAUUAAUUGUGCUAUAUUUUAUCUUUUAAAAUGGUAGAUAAAUUACGGAGAUAUGAAAAAAUAGAUUUUUUAGGAGAAGGACAGUUUGCAACGGUAUAUAAAGCCAGAGAUACAGAAUGUGAUCAAAUCGUUGCUGUUAAGAAGAUCAAAGUUACAAGCAGAGAUGAAGCAAAAGAUGGCAUCAAUAGAACGGCACUUAGGGAAAUAAAAUUAUUACAAGAUUUGAAACAUGAGAAUAUUAUUGGCUUGCUCGAUGUUUUUGGACACAAGUCGAAUGUAUCUUUAGUUUUUGACUUUAUGGAUACAGAUUUAGAAGUCAUCAUAAAAGAUAGUAAUAUUGUACUGACUUCUGCUAAUAUCAAAGCGUAUAUGAUCCAGACUUUACAAGGAUUGGACUAUCUACAUUAUAAUUGGAUUCUACAUCGAGAUUUAAAGCCUAACAAUUUGUUAGUUAAUAAUCAAGGAGUUUUAAAAAUUGGUGAUUUUGGUCUAGCUAAAUUCUUUGGAUCUCCCAAUAGAAUAAAUACUCAUCAAGUAGUCACUAGGUGGUAUCGAGCUCCUGAAUUGCUUUAUGGAGCGAGAUUAUAUGGAACUGGAAUUGAUAUGUGGGCAAUAGGCUGUAUUUUAGCUGAAUUACUACUUCGAGUUCCAUUUUUACCAGGAGAAUCAGAUCUAGAUCAAUUAACUAAAAUAUUUCAGACAUUAGGUACACCCACGGAAGAAACGUGGCCAGGAAUGACUGAGUUGACGGAUUUUAUACAAUUCAAACCUUUCCCUGGUACUCCUUUAAAACACAUUUUCACGGCUGCUGGUGAUGAUCUGCUGGACUUGAUAGCUUGUCUGUUGAAUAUUAAUCCAUUGGAAAGAUGUACAUGUAGUCAAGCUCUUCAAAUGCCAUAUUUUAGUAAUAAACCUCCGCCUACACCUGGAUCCAAGCUGCCUCUUCCUUCAUGUAUUAAAAAGACUGCAGAACAAAGGCCGAGCCUUAAACGAAAAUUAUUAGAGUCUACAGAUGGUGCAUGUUUAGCUAAACGAUUACAAUUUUAAAUAAAUAAAGCUGAAUAUUUUUAGUUAAAUUCCAUAAUUUUUUUUAGAUUCUAUGAACGAUCAUUAAUAAUUUAGUUCUAGCUCAAUUUAAAGUUGAAGAAAAACAUGACUGUAUAUUUUUUAUACAUAAUGCUAACAAUCAACGUUGUUAUUCAUAGUAUACAAAAUGAGUGUCAGGGAAAUAAACAAUUUAUUUUGUUAAUUAUUA